AUGGGCGAUGCUAGCGUUCCCCCGAACCGUGCGGUCAUCCGCAGCAUGAACCCGAACUACAUCGGCUUCGACUACAUCGGCUGGUACGUUGGCAACGCGCGCCAGACGGUGUCGUACUUCGUCAACCACUACGGCUUCAGCGUGCUGGCCUACCGCGGGCCCGAGACCGGCUCGUUCGCCACGAAAGCCUACGUCGUGGGCAACGGCGCCGCGCGGUUCGUCUUCACCACGGCCCUGCGCAGCCCAGACAGCUCGUGGGACCCGCGCGCCACUGACGAUGAGCGCGCCUUCUGCACCGACCUGCACACCCACCUGACCAAGCACGGCGACGGCGUCAAGGACAUCGCCUUCCAGGUCGACGACGUGCGCGCCGUCUGGGACCACGCCGUCGCCAACGGUGCCCAGUCCGUUCGCGCCCCGGAGCUGCUCAAAUCCGACGAUGGAGAGGUUCUCGUCGCGGCCAUCCGCACCUUUGGCGACACCAUCCACACGCUGAUCAACCGGUCUGCGUACCGUGGCGUCUUCCUGCCUGGCUUCCAGCCCCUGCCGCAGUCCCAGCAGUCCUUGUCCCUUCCCCCAAUCGACAUCCUCGAGAUCGACCACUGCGUCGGCAACCACGACUGGGACGGCCUCGACGGCAUCGUCAACUACUACGAGAAAGCGCUCAACUUCCACCGCUACUGGAGCGUCGACGACAAGGACAUGUGCUCGGACUACUCGGCCAUGCGGUCGGUGGUGGUGGCGUCACCCAACGAAGUGAUCAAGAUGCCCAUGAACGAGCCAGCCAAAGGCAAGAAGAAAUCGCAGAUAGAAGAAUUCUGCGACUACUACAACGGCGCCGGCUGCCAACACAUCGCCUUCCGGACCGCGGACAUCAUCUCAGCCGUCGACGCGCUGCAAAAGCGCGGCGUCGAGUUCCUGUCCGUCCCUGAGAGCUACUACGUCGAGGUGCGGGCGCGGCUGGCGCGCAUCGGCACGCAGGUCGCCGAGGACAUCGACACGCUGCAGCGGUACAAUAUCCUCAUCGACUUCGACGAGGGCGGGUAUCUGCUGCAGAUCUUCACGAAGCAUGUGGGCGACCGGCCGACGGUGUUUCUGGAGGUGAUUCAGCGCGAGAACUUUGAUGGGUUCGGGGCGGGGAAUUUUAAGAGCCUGUUUGAGGCGUUUGAGAGGGAGCAGGCGGCGAGGGGGAAUUUGUAG